GCUAAGAAAGAUGAGAAAGCUCGACGCAAGAUGGAAAGGGAGAAGGAGAAGGAGGAGGAGAAGCGGAGACUGGAGGAGGAAGAAGCUAUGAGAGCUCAAGAAGAGGCAUGUUGGGAAGCAAAGCUACGUAAGAAGGAGAAAAAGGCAAAGCAGGAGGCUGCACUACGAGCGGAGAUGAAGAAGGAUGUGACAGUACAUGCGGCGUUGCUUAUGAGCGAGAUCAAGGAUGACUGGAUUAAUCAAUGGAAGACAUCCGUGCUGCCGGCUUUAGCUGAAAGAACGGGCGAUGUGAGAGGAAAGAAAAAGGUAGUGUACCAUUCAGCAGAGGAGAGUGAUCCUAACUACAACAAUAGUGAUAGCGAGACUAGCGUCACACAGGAGUUGAGUGCGGAAACCCGCCGCUUGCGUAUCAGCGAAAAGAGGAAGCGGGGCGAGGAAGCUAGGCUGGUGAACAACCCACCCAUGGAGUUACCACCAAAGAGAACUCCUCAGCGGUUGGGUAUUAAGACGGGUAAAGCGGAUCUUCGUACGACACGGGCAAGAUCGAAGCGAGGGGUACGGACCCCGAUCCCGACGAAGAGGAAGACCCCGGUCAAGACCUCGCUAACGAAGUUGGUGAAGUCAGGACAGAUGAAGUCUCCACUGAGUGGGAGAAUCACCCCUGCCGAACGUGCCUUGGCUCGCCUGCGGUAUCGGGACUCGAUUAUGCAUGAGUUGAAAGAUUGUAAUGAUGAUGAGCUUCAGCGUUACUGUAAAGAUAAAGGUAUCCUGUAUGUGGGGAAGGUCGACGCGAUCUUUGAUCUCGCCGAACAUCAGGCUCAACAACAAUACGCAGCCGCCUCACCUCAGACGGAAGUGGUCCGAAUCGCGGAUUCGACCGAUGUGAGGGAUGAAGACUCCGCUGAUACGCAGGGGUGAUGUGAUGUCACUCCAACAGGUUCUAAUUUUUCGCGUGUGAAUGGGCACGUGCUAUUCCGCCUGAGUGAGGUUGGAUGUGCACCCACUUUUGGUUAACUCUAACAACACCCGAGA